AUGGCAGCUAAUAAAGCUAGUAGCGGGCAAGAAUCUGUCAACAACAUAUGUGUGAAGGCAACCGUUAACAGGAACAAGAAAUCGGUCGUCUUCGUCGAAGCCGACGCUGACCUUGCCGACGUCCUGUUUGGCUACCUCACGCUGCCCAUGGCCACCGUCAUCAGCCUCAUCUCCCGCAAGCAGCCGCCGGCGGUAACGCUAGGCUGCUUCGGCAACUUGUACCGCAGCGUCGAGGUUCUGGAGCCUCAGCACUUCAGAACCCGGAAGUGCAAAGAAAUGCUUCUCCGCCCUCGUAACGGCGCCGACGCCUACUGCCAGUACCUGAAAAUAAACGUCGAGAAAUGUGACGAGCAGCAGCAGCAGCCGCCCUACGGCCUCUUUCGUUGCGAUCCGCCGUCGCGAGCUGGUAGUAAGUCGAGCUCCUCUGCCUGUCGUGAUCAUAGCACGACGAAUCCGUGCUUGAGCUACGACAAAACGGAUGUUUGCCGGUACGGGAAGAAGAUGACUCUUCGGGUUCCUUUCCUCUGUCGCGACGUAGAGGAAAAGGGUCUGUUCGUGAAGCGGCUCAGUAGGCUCGUAAUUAGCGACGAUCUAAGAGUGAAACCUGCGACCACCGCAGCGACCGUUUCGCUGCUCUCCGAGCGUGGCGUCUCUGAUGCAACUCAGGUUGAGGAGCUGACCUUCGAUUUCGGCAUCAAUGAGGCAUUGGAUUUGUUGAAGCUGGCUUUGGUGUCUAAGACGCCUCUCUCUGACGUUCUUCUCAACACCAAAGUAGCCAAAAAGGAGUUGAGCAGUAAAGCCAACUUCUUGGGCGGCUUUGAUCAUCGCUGUCACCGAGCGGUUGUCAAACAAGUAGAAGAUGCACACCAAGUUGCACCAAAAGACAGUGCGGCAGCUUUCUUGCCAAAAAAAGUUAGUACAGCUGCCCGUAUCAAGCUUGUGUACAGCAAGACCAAGAACAGAGUCCUGUAUGCGGAAGCCGGUGAGGAUUUUGUCGACCUGAUCUUCACCUUUCUCCUCGUUCCCCUCGGCCACAUGUUCAAGCAAAUGCAAGACGUCGUCGACGGCUUGACGGACGUAAUUCCUUCCGAAGGUUGCAUGAAGAACUUGUACAAGAGCGUGCAGGAUCUUGUGGCAGAGGGAUGCAUCGUUGGUGACAAAGAUGAUGGACGUGCACCGGUCUUGCUGCGUCCUCUGCUCGCUGCCCGUUAUGGCUACCUAGAUCAUCCUCUAGGCCUUAAAGAAGUCGAGUAUGUUUUCGUUAAUGAUAAGAGUGCUUCUUCUUCUUCUUCUUCUUCUUCUUCUGCUGCUGCUGCUGCUGCUUGUCCCGUGGAAGGCAGGGGAAGGACGGCAGGACACAUCUGGUCCACAAUUAGCUGCGUAAUCAAAGACCCUAAAUUGCCUGCGACGGUGCGGCCAGAGGAUCCUGCUACUUGGAAGGAUUUAUCAAGAGCCGCGGGUUACGUGUCGCCUUCAAUGUACACCGUCACCGACGAUCUGAACGUAUCGCCGAUCUCCCCUGCCUCGAACCUGGCUCUGCUGCGGAAGCUGAAUGUGCCCUUCUCCGAUAUUGAGGACCGGAUUGUACAUGUGGGGAAACAAGAGGCAUCUCGUCUUCUCAUGGCGUCGCUCACCUCAAACUCUCCUCUGACGGCUGCAUUUCUUGGGUGUGCCUGUUGUUGUGAGAAAGUUCAAGUUGGCGGUACGACAAGUUCAGUGGACGAAACUGCGAGGCCAACAAAGAGACGUACAAGAUCAUCGAACAAAAACUAGGUCAAACCGCGCGUUAAGGAGUUCUGAAUUGUUUCGAUUUUAAUUAAGGAGAAAUGUCUAUGUUGAGUUCUAGGGUUUUGUGGGUAACGAAAUGGAAACUCCGUUCUUCUGCUUCACCAAUCUGCUGUCUCAAUUCUCAAGUCUUCUUCCUUGUUGAUGGUGUUGUUUUCGGGGCGGUUUCGGUAAAUCCAAUUAUCUGACGUUAAAAAGUAUUUUUACUAUAUUUUUCAGAGUUAGGGUCUUUUGACUUUGUGAAUUGGCUUCUUUAAAUUGUUAUGUUUUUCUGAGAGUAUAAGCAGGUACAGUCCAUUUUGUUUUUU